GGUCACGUGAGCAAGAGGGUGACAUAAAAUCUCAUUCGGCUUUUUAAGUUCUUUUCUAGGGUUUCCCUUCCUCUUCUUUCCGCCGAAUCAUCUCAGUAGCGCUUCUCCUCCUGCAAAAAGUAUCAGAACCACAAGGGGACUUUGCUUAGAGUAAAGUCAGACUUGAAAGGAUGGCGGCAGCAGCUAUGUUAAAACCUAUGAAGCAAGGUUUUGAAGAGCCACAGGAACAACUUCAUCGUAUUAGGAUUACUCUUUCAUCCAAGAACGUCAAGAAUCUUGAAAAAGUUUGCUCUGACCUUGUGAGUGGUGCAAAGAACAAGAGAUUGAAAGUUAAGGGACCAGUAAGGAUGCCCACCAAGACUUUGCACAUCACCACCAGGAAAACUCCCUGUGGUGAAGGUACAAACACUUGGGAUAGGUUUGAGCUCCGUGUGCACAAGAGGGUGAUUGAUCUUGUGAGUUCAUCAGAAGUAGUAAAGCAAAUCACAUCUAUCACAAUUGAACCAGGUGUCGAGGUUGAGGUGACCAUUGCAGACCCAUGAACAUUGAUGUCACAGUUGUAACUGGCUGGACAUGGAUCCAAGAUUAGAGAAUUUUGCUUAUUAUGAUCUGUAGGGGAAUCUUAUUUUUGUUUAUCAUAGUUAAGGUUUAAGAAACUACUGAGAUCCAUUGUUUUUUCUUGGUUAAUCGGUUUUGUAUUGAAAGAUAUUUGAAGGGCAAACAAAAUUUACCAGACAUCUUGUUUCAUCGUUGAUUCAACAUUUUGUUGCUA